UCAAAUAGAAAUCUCCAUUUCCGGCAAGGUGCGCUAGGGACAAAAAUGCCGCGAGCCCCAAAUCCCCGACGCCGAUGCCAUAGCCCCUGAUCUAUGUCGCCGCCGCCGCUCCGGCGACCGCCCCGCCGCGUCACCCGUGUCGUCCGCCGCCCGUCUCCCCUUGCCCCCGACCGGAGAUGGGCUACCCGAGGCGCCGCGCCCACCCGCGCCGCGGCGCCCUGCUGCCGGCGAUGGCGGCGCUCCUCCUGCUCUUCCUCGCCGUCUCGCUCCUCUCCAUCGCCAUCUCCGCGCCGCCGCUCGCGGACCGCCACCCCGGCAUCUCCCGCCGAUCCCUCCGACACCCUCCGACAAGUCGAUGGACUACGAGAGAUCUGUGGGGUUCGGAGCUCGCUAGCAACUUCUAUGGUUGCAGUCACUCUAGCAGAAAAUUUCUCGCCUUUUUAAAAUCCUGCAGAUUCCAGUGUUGUCACGCAACCAGAUCGAUAUUUGCUUAUUGUUACAAGUGGAGGUCUGAAUCAGCAGAGAACAGGGGUGAGAUAGUUGAUGCUGUAGUUGCUGCGCGCAUUUUAAACGCUACACUGGUUGUUCCCAAAUUGGACCAAACAUCUUUCUGGAAAGAUUCAAGCAAUUUUUCCGAAAUCUUUGAUAUCGACUGGUUCAUUUCAUUUCUUGCGAAGGAUGUCAAAAUUAUCAAAGAACCUCCACAAAAAGGAGGUAAAGCUGUGCGACCUUAUAAAAUGCGUAUACCCCGAAAGUGUACUCCACAAUGUUACUUGAAGCGUGUCUUGCCUGCACUUCUGAAGAAACAUGCUCUUCGACUGACUAAAUAUGACUAUAGGCUCUCAAAUAAGUUGGACACUGACCUACAAAAACUGCGCUGCAGAGUAAAUUACCAUGCUUUGAGAUUUACUGAUCCAAUACAAGAGUUGGGUAAAAGGCUAAUACAGCGAAUGCGAGAGAAGAGCAGAUAUUUUAUUGCUCUUCAUCUGAGAUUUGAAAGUGACAUGCUUGCCUUUUCUGGGUGUUACUAUGGUGGUGGAGAAAAGGAGAGAAGAGAUCUAGGUGCCAUUCGCAAGCGAUGGAAAACCUUGCAUACAAGUAACCCAGAGAAAGGAAGAAGGCAAGGUAGAUGCCCACUAACUCCGGAGGAGGUAGGGCUGCUGUUGAGGGCAUUAGGCUAUGGAAGCGAUGUCCAUAUCUAUGCUGCUUCUGGUGAGAUAUAUGGAGGGGAAGAAACUUUGGCACCCCUCAAAGCGCUCUUCCCAAAUUACCAUACAAAAGAAUCAUUGUCAAGAAAAGAUGAGUUGACUCCAUUCUUGGCACACUCAUCCCGCAUGGCUGCAAUUGAUUUCAUUGUCUGUGAUGGAAGUGAUGCUUUUGUGACUAACAAUAAUGGCAACAUGGCCAAAAUACUUGCUGGGCGGAGGAGAUAUUUUGGCCACAGGAGAACAAUCCGGCCAAAUGCCAAACAGCUCUACCACUUAUUUACAAACAGGGGAAAUAUGUCAUGGGACAAAUUCUCGUCGCAGGUGCGAAAAGUCCAGAAAGGAUUUAUAGGAGAUCCCAUGGAAGUCAAGCCAGGAAGAGGCGAAUUCCAUGCCUACCCUGCUGCGUGUAUAUGCGAAAAGACGGACGAAAAUAAAUCGAACCCCGGUAGUAAUCAGGAAAUUGUUAACCGCACGGGAAUAAGGAAGGCCAUCGGCGAACCAGCAUAUCCUGUCUACACCGAUGAAGAGGCGGAUGGAUCUGACACUGAAGACGAUCCCACAGGGACAGGAGAAGAAGUGGUGAUUACUGAAGACGAUCCUGCCGCUGGAGAAGAGAUGGUCACUGAAGACGACCCCACUGUGACAGAAGAGGUAAUUGAUACCGAAGCUGAGGCCGACGAUGGUUCUUCGGUCAGACAGGAGGGUUCCGAGCUGGAGGAGAUCCUUUCGGAUUAGCCGAGUUGCUAUCCAGCUUGGAGGAAUUAGUCAAGUUAUUUGCAUACAAUACAAGUGUUGUAUGUGGUAGAAACUGAUGCGCAUUGACCCCUCCAGAGUCCAGAGUAGAGCUGGUCGGCUGCCUCUGGUGUACAUAUAGAUCUUGUGGUGGACUGAAGCUGUACAUCCUCUCCCCUCCCCUCCUGGCCCAACAAGGGUGGCCUCAAUUUGGCCUCUCCAGUAGUAGUUCUAUUUAGAGUUCCUAACAUUUGCGCCGUUGUUUGUAGCUCGUCGGAAUGUGUUCGUUCUGCUUUCGAAUUUCUGUCCUCUUCUCCUGGCCAAGCUUUCGUACAUGUGCCAUCUUCAAUCUCUUGUGUUGUUCCUCUAAAAAGAAAAAAUCUCAUGUGUUGUUACCGUAAAUAUUAUGAACUGAUACUGUGAUACAGUGCUGAAUUGUUCUUUGCA